AUGAUUGGCAAACGAAAGAGAGACACCUCUGUUGUGUCGAGGUCUACGGUUGUAGACGACCAAAAAGUCUCUACGACUAGCGCUGAAACCAAUCCCCACGACGUUUUUCGCAAAUUUUUUGAAGCGCAAUUCCUGCCCAUCGAGCUAUCGGGGGUUCAAACUACCCGUGAUAGAGAUGUUGAAGAGGAAGAGGAUGAUGAAGAUGGUGAAUCUUCUGACAGUGUAUCGGAGUGGGGAGGUCUUUCCGGAGAGGAAGAUAAUGACAACAGAGUCGAGGUAGUUGAGCAUCGAGACACAUCUACCAAGGAUAGGGAACUGAUAGACAAAAAAGCCCGCAAAGCAUUCAUGACUGCGAAGCCUCCAACAUUCACCGUAAAACCAACCGCCGAGAAGCGCACGCCCAGCAAGACCAAGAAGGACGAUGAUGACAGGGCCAACGAUGCCGAUAAUUUGAAAAAUGAUCUUGCGCUGCAGCGACUACUUAAAGAAUCUCACCUUCUGGAGUCAGCAUCAGAGCUUGGACCGACGGGGGCAAAGACAUCUCUAUACCACCAGAACAUGCCGUCAUCUCAUCGAAGAGGCAUUAAAGCUAAAGCUGAGCAGAAGGAAGAAAAGCGACGGAGAGAAGCUAGAGAGAACGGGAUCAUUCUCGAGAAGCCUGUACCAAAAAAAGCAAGCAAUGGACGACGCGAACGGGGUGUUGGGGGCCCUUCUGUUGGGAAAUUCGCUGGCGGUACCUUGAACUUGAGCAAGCGGGACAUAUCGGCCAUCCAAGGGCCACGGCGACCUUCCAAGGGAAAGACGAAGGGCCGUCGCUGA